AUGACGCUUCCAACUAUCGUUCCGACUUUGGAGGGGCUCGAAUUUUCAGCCUGGGCUGUUUCUGAAGAGCUUGCGCUCGUGACUGUUCCAAUGGAUGGUGAGGUUGAAGGCGUAUUUGAUGGUGUGGUGCUCGAGCUGACCGAGGUACUGAAGGAGCUCAUGGGGCUUACGGAGCUAGUGGCUGUCUCCGGCAAGACAGGCAGUGAUGAUGAAAGAAAUAUACUCGAUGUAGUUAAUGGAACCGAUGGAAUCCACAUGCUGCUAGGAUGGUCGGAUGAUUCUGAAGUUGCCGCAAUAGGAAAGUCCCCCAUUGAGCUUGAGAGAACCGAGGUUGUUGGGAUUAGAGUCGAAGUUGAAAACUCUGAAAUGAUUGUCGCCGUAGAGCUUACAGUCGAUAUUACGGUGUCCCGAUUAGUCGUCGAUAGCUCAGUCGUUGUUGUCAGAGCCACGGUUACUGUGCUUGGGUUCAGUGUUGAUGAGUCCAGCACAGUGGCUGUGGUGCUGGAAUCAGGCCCGGGGCCAGAUAUGGUGUAG